GAGUGGCGCACACAAUGCACUGCACGGCUGACAAGGGUUGUGUCUCCCUGAUUUUCACGAUAAAUUUCCAAUUCAGUGGAAACUUGUGAGGGGGAAGCAGUGGAGCCAUUCGCACCCUCUCUAUAUGUAUUUCCACACUGGAUUUGGCGAGAAAACGAUAUCGUUGACCGGAAACGUCGGCGAGCGAUCCCAACUCCUCCUAAACAUUGGAUUACACAAGCUGCAUGAAGGAGCUGCCCAGCCCGACGGGGGCUCGGCCGACACCCUCGUUUAUGGAAAUCGACACCGAGGCUUUCAUAUUCGGGCCUUGAAUUUUUUCUUCGUGGUAGAAGCGGAAGGAAAGAAGAGCUGCGUGUAAAUAACCGAGAUAUUAUUAUUAUUGGUAGUAGACGAGCGAAUUGUAGAAAACAAAGAGCUUCCGUGUUUUUUCUGCUUCCUUUAAAUAUUGAGAGGCUCUUGUUUGUGGCUUAGCUGGCUAACAGCUAGCCGGAGUGCUAACGUUACGUCUUUCUUUUGAUGUGAUACGAAUUCAACCAUUACCAUCGGCCAUCAUCAACAUUUAGGCUGGAGGAAAAUUUCUCCUAUUGGCUUCGGGAUAUUAGUUAGCUGAACAGUUUACUGUUCGGUCCGUCACAUGUCACGGACACGUUUUAAGAAUCUAAUUGUAUUCUUGUGUUGCCGGCUGAAUAUGUUGUAAUGUAUUGAGUUAGCCGUGUGUGCUAACAAAUGAGCUAAUUGGCUGGAGUCAACACUGACUAGCAGUAGCAUUUAGUACGUGAACUCAACUAGGUAGUUACAUUUACUCGUUAGGUUAUAAUUUGCAUAAACUGGCAACAUUAACACGUCGGACUUCACAUUAAUGUGAAAUAAUGUCAUGGUCACAGCUGUGCUAAUGUCGGAUAUCUAGGUUAUUGGCCUCGCUAACUAGCUAACAGGCAAAUAAUUUUGUCAGCGUGUGCAGAAAUUAGGGAAAUCCUACGCGUAACCAUUUGUUGUGUGUUAAGCAAUUAAAAAAAUUGUGCGAUUUUCACUUCACCAUCCGCGUCGAGGCGGCGGAGUCUGCUUUGUCUCUGACGCGUCUAGUCUUGUCUUUUUUGUUUACAUGCUUAUAACUUGUGGUUAUCUGUCGUAUUUUUGGCUAGCUCGCUGUUAGCCUCCUACGAGACACAAUCAGGGAUGUCCUGACGAUUUGUGUUAAAUCGUGGCCGUUUUAAAUCUCCCAUGUGGAUCUAAAUCCGUGUUCAGAUUCAUUGAAAUGACACUAAAAUUUCGCCGCAAGAAAGGCACUGAUGCCAAGAGACUGUUAUCUGAGGACGGUAAAUAAUAGCCACUGGUUCCAUUAACGCCAUUUUAACAGGGGCUCCCUGCAAAGGCCCUGUGUGGUGGUGGUGGUUUUAUUUGCGGUUCGGUGCCUUCCACCGGACCAGGACUCGGAUAAAAGUGCCUUUGGUCUCACUGGAGUAGCUGAAAGAGGUGGCGUUUGAACAUGAGCACUGGAUUCAAGCAGCCGAGCCGACGGUCCCGUUCCCAGAGGGACAGGGAGCGGCGGCGGAGGAGAGUGGACCUGGGCGAGGGGCGGACCACCUCCCUGUCCUCGGGCUCCGACCGGGAGGCUUGUGGGACGAACAGUGUCCUGGGACCCGGUGGGAGGGAAUGUCGGCCUGGAUUUGGGAGACACAGGCCUCCGCGUCGGAGGAAGAGAGAGUCGGUGUCCUGCGAGGAGGACAUCAUCGAUGGCUUCGCUAUUGCGAGCUUCAUCAGCUUGGAGGCACUGGAGAUGGACUGCUCCCUGAAGCCCAGCCAGCGCAGCGACAUGCUGGGACGGAGGAACAAGGGGAAGAGGGGGCCCGACGAGAACGGCGGAGGGCCGCUGUCGGAGCCGGAGGAAGGAGCCCCGCACAGCUACUCCAGCAGCUGCAGGAACAAGAGUAGAAACAAAAGAAGAAAGAUAGAGGGGCACCAUUUGGAGACUGGCUAUAUUUGUGACACGGAGAGUGACACAGGAGACAAGGCCUCCGACAACGACAUGGAUCCAGUGUUCACAGUCACCAAAGUUGUGGAUCCUGCAGCUUCAAACAUGGGCACGUCCAUGGGGAAAAGCUGCCCGCCCCUGCCGGCCCGCUGCGGCGCGGCGUCUCGGUUGAUGGUGACCCCGCGGGUGUCCGGCCUGGAGCGGAGUCAGGAGAAAAGCCUGGAGCCGCACUUCCCAGAACCCGUUCCUUCUUCUACCUCUUCUUGCCUGCCUUCCCACUCGCCAGUCGCCGCCUCGGGCGCGGUCCCGCGACCCAACCCGGUCAACGGCAACGGCGGCCGCCACCACAACGGCAGCCCCCCACUCUCCAAACCCAAGCCCUUCCUCACUUUGCCUGGGCGACCUCACUACUUCCCCAACAGCAACCCAGCCAAACCUCAAUCAUCUGCUUCAUCUGUCGCGUCUUCCUCAUCCUCCAUGCGUCCCCAAACUCCCUCCACCAGUGUGUCUCUGCCCUACAGGGGCUCAGGAUCCUCAGGGCCCCACAGACCCCCGUCCCGGGUCAACCCCGGAGCCGGUUUGCCUCCCCCUCCUCCCCUGUUUCAAGUUCCUACCCCCGCAACGGAAGGAGAGCGCGAGGGCAGACGCAGCGUCCCAGGGGCUGACGCGGCAGCGGCGGCAGCAGCAGCGGGCCGCUCCACUCCCGGAGGUCCGUCGGCAUCGAACUCCACGCCGGGCUCGUCGGGCCGGACGUCCCAGAACUCGAGCAUCCCGCCGCUGGCCUUCCAGUUCCAUCAGCACAACCACCAGCACCAACACACGCACACGCACCAACACUUCACGCCCUUCCUCCACCCCACACCGACCGCGCCGCCUCUGUUCGAGAAAUAUCCAGGCAAAAUGGACGGGCUGUACAGACACCCUUUCUUCCCACAGUACCCGCCGCCCUCAGUGCCGAGUAUUCAGCCUGGGAUUCCUCCUACCGGGCCUUUCAGCUCCUUGCAAGGAGCAUUUCAGCCAAAGCCUCUUGUCCCUCAGGGAACGGGUCCUGAAAUAACAGCACGACUUGGGGUUGUGCCUCACCACCUGCAGCCCAAAGACCCCAGGCUAACUGAUCCAUUUGGGACAUCGUUGAAAAUCAGUAAUAAACCAGGAAAGUGGUGUGCUAUGCAUGUACAUGUGGCCUGGAUGAUUCUAAGCCAUCAGAAAAAAUUAAAGGCUGAUCCUCACAAGCUGGACUUCCGCAACGACCUGCUCGCCCGUUUCCCUGGAGGCGGAGGACUGGGUCAGCUGGGGCCAAUGGGAGGGGCCCUGCCGCCCACUCACGACCUGACCAGACCUCCGAGCCUGUUCUCGGCUACAGGUCCAGUCAAUCCGUCCUCAUCUCCUUUCAUCUCUCCGUCAGCGCCACACUCCUCGUUCCUAGCAUCGACCGCACACUUGGGUACGGGCAGCUUCAAACAUCCGUAUGGACGAUCUCCGCCCUUCCCCCCGCUGGGAGCCCUGGGUUCUGGUGCCUUUGGAGGACUCGGCAGCCCAACUUUGGGUCGGUCUUACACAGGAUCUGUAUUUGGCCCUAAAGACUCCCCAGCCGGCGUCGUUGGGGGCUUGCCGCCGCCAAACCGCCACGACCCGUGGAACCGUCUGCACGGUGGCCCGUCCGGGUUCCCUCCUGGCCCCAACUGGGCUAAAGGGUCCGACAGGAAGGACGAGAGGGAUCGCGUGAAGGAUGCAGAAAGGAGGGACAUCCCCCACAUCAAGGAUGAAAAGGACAGAGACAAUAUGCUGUACGGUCGACCACCUGUGAGAAUGUCUCCAGUUGCCCCUUCCUUCAAGCCCAGAAGUAGCACCCCAGUCUCCCAAAUUAAUGGCCACAGCAGUGCCCUGGGGGGAAGCACUGGACCCAUUGAGGACCUGACACGCAGCCUAAGCAGAGACAGAGACAGAGAGCGUGAGCGAGACAGAGAUGGGGACAAAAGGCCAGGGCCAUCUGUGUCUUCAAGGGGGCCUCCGUCAUCUUUAGUAGCAGACAGAGACCGACCGCGAUCUUCAUCAUCUUCUGUGCUCACCACGCCCCCACCCUCCAACCGCUCAGCCCAGUCUCCUUUGGACCUUUACCCUCGCUCGCUGGGCCCGACGGCGCACAGCCUCCACAGUGAACCUUCGCACUCCCAAAGGGACGGUAACCUCCCUGCUUCCUCUGCAGCUUCUGGCUCUGCUUCGUCUUUGUCUCAGGCCAAGAAGUCCGACCGGACCACGACGCCCGUCUCCAAACCUCCCCUGCUGCUCACACCGGUUAAAGUCAAGGAGGAGCGGAAAGAGGAGCCGGAGCUCAUCCCCAUCACCCUCCCUCCCUCGGCACCCGGCCACAGCUUCGACCGCCCCAACAGCCAUCCACACCACCACCGUUCUGGCACCCCUUCCUCUUCCUCUUUGUCACUGACUUCCACUCCCGGCGUUUCUUUCCCACCACCGACUCCAAACCCCUCUGCCCACCAACACCUUUCCCUCCUGGACCACUCAAGGGCCAUCGAAGCGUUCCUGGGAAGCCCGGCGGGUGCUGCGGGGUUGGUGGUGGGCGCGGGAGAACGCUUCACCCACGGUCCGCAUCAAGGACAGCCGCAGGGUCCGCACAGCUUCACCUGGGACCCCUGGAGGGAGCUGGCGGCUCAGCAUCAACAUCAGCAUCGCAGGGAAGCUCUGGCACUUCGUUCAGCGGUGCUGUUUCAGCAGCAGCAACGCUUCAUGGAGGUAGAGAGGGCCGCGGCUGCAGCUGCGGCAGCCCCUCACCACCCUCCGACUUCUACCUCCACCGCCUCCUCCUCUGGUGUGCGCCCGGAGUUCAGCCUGAUGGCCCACCACUUCGAACGCCCUCAUCAGCUCGGACCCCCAGGCGGCAGGCUAAUGGAGGAGGAGCAGCGCGCCCAGUUCCUGAGGGAAGACUUUGAGCGAGCACACUACUUCGGCAUGCACGCACACCUCCCUCACGGCUCUCACCUCUCGAGCCCCUCUCACAAUGCUACCGCCGCUCACCUGGAGCAGCUCCACCUCAGCCAUCUCCCUCCAGGAGCCUCGGCCGCCUCCCAGCACCACGCAGGCCUCUUCUCCCGUCUAGGCCACCUCAACCCACACCAAGUGCCCAACGGCAUCCUGGCGAAGACCACUGCAGGCUUGGUGGGAGCUCUGUCAGUGGGGGCACCGCCGCCGCUCAUUCCGUCCGUCACCAACCGGUCGUCCACUCCCCCCCGCGGUUCUAGACUUGGGCCAGGCGAGCUGGCACUGUACAGCGCCCACAAAGAUGGAGAGUCCAGAUAGUACAGGGACAACACUGGAGGAGAUUAAGGGAAAUGUCAGGAUCACUGUGCUGCUCUCAACCUGCUCCCUUUUCCUCUUGCGGACUACUAAACCCUGUCCUCCCGGUUACGCGACCACCCCAGCUCCAGUCCACUGCCCCCUUCCAAAAAAAAAAAGGGGGUAACCAUUACUGGCUGGAGGCGAUGGAAGGGAGGGAAAUGCAAGACUCGGAAUAUGCCCAAUGGUUCUAUCAGUGCAAUUUAAAGGUACAUGGUUUCUGUGCAUCCUUGGUGUAUUUUUAUUUUAUACUGGCUGUUGGUUAUCACAGUGCUCUGUUUGAAACCUGUAAGAAGAGGCAGAGGGCAGCUUUUUCAUUCGUCAGAAGAAUUAUGAUCCAUAAUUUUAAGCAAGGCUUUUUCCGGGUGGAUUGGAAACAAUUUCCAGAGGGAUGGACGCCUAGAAAACCUGACCGGGGUUCGUCCUCAGCUUGGUUAACUUAUGGGAUAUCACAUGAAUCGACCCUGUUUAGGUGUUGAGAAUGAGAGUUGUUAGAAAUACAGUGGUAAAGUGGUGUUUUCUGUUCUGUUUUUGUGUCUUUUUGUCAUUGUGAAAAGACAGAUUACUGAUGAGACCAUUAAAUUAAGAUCAGUAAGCAUCGUACCUCAGUUCCCUGCUUUACCCAAAAAUCUUAACUCCAAACCCUCCGCUUCACUUCUAAAGAGAUUCAACCUUUCUUUUGGCUUGUUUUUGUUUUCAAAGGAUGAAUGGCGAAAUGAACUGUGAGACACUGUGCGUGAUGACAGUGUUUUUAGAGCUUCCUCUGUUUCCCAGUCUCCUCUUGACUAUACGAGCAGGACCAGAUUAUAGUAGUCUAGAGAAAUUGCCUUUGUAAUUAUAAUUCUUAACAUUAAUUAUCUUCUAUAAUAAUAAAUAUAUUCACUGUUAUGUUAUUUGUCAUUGUUUCAGGUAUCAACCAGUCUCUCUCCCCAGGUUGUAAUGUUUCAAAUCAUGCAUAAAACAAAAAGGCUUGCUUCACGGAAAACUUUUUAAUGCUUGUGAACAUUGAGCCGUACCCAUCGCAACCUCUGGCCUCUUCAAGGAUCUCAUCGAUGACUAUUAUGCCGAGAGGAGAGGUUUGCCCGUGUGUCAUUGGUUGUGUGUUAUAUCCAUUUGGGACUGCGGGAGCAUUGUACAUUGAACUGUCGAGUUGUUUGAUCAACAAAAAUAAGUUAUAUACAUGUACACGGAUAGGUGGGACAUCUGCUGAAGAACUGAAAAAAAAAAAAAAAUAUAAGGACUUCUGUGAAAAGACAACUAGACAGUGGGUAUCCUGAGAGGGAAAAGACUGGGUCGAUUAUUUUAAUAUGACCAUUUUAUACCUUUCAAACCCCUCCCCUAGAGACCACAAAGAUUAAUUAUUAAAUGAAUUGUUGUUUA